AUGUUGGAAACACAAUGGCAUAAUGCUCAUUUGUAUAGCAAUAACCACCUGAACUCUGAAAAUGUGGAGUUUGGAACACUCAAGGAACAACCAUUUAAAGAAGUUCCAUAUUUGUCAGAAUGCACAACACUGCCAGCAGGAUCCGCAAAUUCCCCCUGUACUACAAUUUGCGAAGGUGUUGAUGAAGUGAAUGGACAAGGAACCUCAGAUGUAAAUGCCAACAAACCCCCAGAGGCUAACCGAGAAAUCCAGGGGUUUGGAAUGGAUCAUGCACCUGAACUAUUGGAUUAUUCAAAGUCUAUUUACAAUAACGUAGAAGAGUUACAAAGAUAUCCUGGUAUUGUUGGAUACCUAUCCACCGGAUUGAAUCAGUACAAUGGUGAAACAAAUAAUGGAUUCCCAAGUGGGAUUUCCGAUAUCCCUAGUAAUUUUACAAAUAAUAUACAGGGGUAUUCUCCUGCACUUGUAGAGAAUAUAAAUUUGCAAAAAUUUCCCUUUGGAAACCUCUAUAAUUCAUGUGAAAGGGAAGGUAGUAUAUCUGGAGUGAAAUUCCAACCCUCUGACAAUCGUUGGAUCGCUAGAUGGACAACGGCAGCUGGAAAACGAGCAUGCAAAAGCUUUUCUGUAAAUAUUUAUGGCUUUGAACAGGCACGUUCAUUGGCAAUUGAUGCACGUCAAAAGGGUGUUGCUUUAAGUGGACGUUCAUUUUGUAACCGCGAACGUCAGCAUGCGAUGAGGUCUGGAGUUGGUAUCAUAGGGAUUAGAUUUGAUAAAACUCAGGCAAGAUGGGUUUCAUCCUACUAUGAAGGAGGAAAACGAAAAUUUCGUUAUUUUACUGUUAAAGACUAUGGAUAUGAACAAGCCAAACAGCACGCUAUCCUGUGGAAGGCCUGUAACGAUGAAAGGCUGGUUCGCUAUAGACGCAAUGGCGCUGAAAAAUAUCCAGGUUGGGGAUGGUAUUCUCAAGGUGAUGCUUCUAUGAAUUUCAGCCAACAGUACUAUCUUCCAGUAGAUCAGAAUCCUAACAUGCAAAUACAAAGUACAAACGAUGGAUACUCACAAAGUAGUGAAAAUUACACAAAUUACUUGAGUAUUGGAGAUUCUGUCUACGGCUAUGGUAGUUCUGUAGAUUCUAGAGUAGCCAAUGGUUCAGUCUGUGGAAGUUCUGCUUCAAUGGAGAGCAAUGAUGAGGACGAAACCUGCCAUAUCUCUGGUGUUACAUUUGACCGAACAAACAGGCGUUGGGGAGCUAGGUGGACUACAACUGAUGGAAGAAGGAACGUGAGAUAUUUUCCAGUUAGACAACAUGGUUUUAGUGAGGCAAAACGCCUUGCCAUUAUUUGUAGGCUACAAGCCGCCGAUUGUGAAGAGUCGCAGAUAUAA